GCAGUUAAAACAGAACAUUCAGACGAAAUGGCACUGAAGGUACUUGCACUCCUUGCCCUCGUGGCCACUGUCCUCGCCAGCCCUGACAGCCCUCCUGCCUAUGGCUACGGUGCUCCUGGUCCUGCUUUCGGACCAGCCAAGUACGACUUCAACUACGCCGUCAACGACCCACCCUCUGGCAACUGAUUUCGGUCAUCAGGAGUCUCGUGAUGGAGACUUCACUCAGGGUUCCUACUACGUCCGCCUUCCCGACGGUCGCCUGCAGACGGUCAACUACAACGUGCAAGGAGAUUCCGGUUUCUUGGCUGAGGUCAGCUACGAGGGUCAGGCGCAAUACCCAACCCAGCCCCGUGCCUACACACCUGCCCCUACCUAUGGUUAAACGAUGUUGAUUAUGAUAUUUAUUGAUAGACGACUUUUGUAAAUAUAUAUGCUAAUAAAGAGCAAGAUUUACGUUGUAUUUUAAAUAGCCAUCAACAUAAUUUGGUAAUUGAUGCCUUACGCAAGUAAACAAAUGAAAUUAUUUACAUCUAGUGUUAGAAAUAACUUUUGCCGUCAAUAGGAUAUGCGGCUGAUAAUAUCUCCAUUUUAUACUCACUUGUACUUCCCUGUUCAUGGGCAGCAAAGUUUAGUG